GCCAACUCUUAAAGUACACUAAAGAGCAUCAAAAUGACUUCAGCUUUCCGAUCUUCGUUAAGAGCCGCUCGCCAGCUCAACAGCGCGACAAGACCACGCUACAUCCGUACAUAUUCUAGUGGCACAAACAAGCCGCCCAUGAGCCAAGGAGGAAGCAACCGCAAUAUAAUUAUAGCCCUCGUCGGCCUCUCCAUCCCCACAGCUCUUCUAUGGCGCAGCCAAAACAAGACCGCCGCAGCUCAGCCCGUACCCGAAGACUACCCGACGCCCGCCUCGCCCAACCUGGAGCCUGCAGACAGGGUCAGAGUGGGAAAAGAGCGGGCCGAGGCCCGGAAUGGCCAAGUCAAGUACGAACACCCGGAGGACAGGGAGCCGGAGAGGUUCAAGCCGGCGUUUGGCCGGCUACACGAGAAGAAGCGCGUCGAUGGGCCGCCGCAUGGGCGGAAUCACCAGGAGCUGGAAGAUAGGCAGAGGACGACGGACAAGCCCUAACGAAGACUAUUAUAAUAUCUUAU